GAAGAAUUGUAAACUAUCUUGGGCGUCAAUAUUUAUUUUAUUUUACGUUGUUUUUAACACGAAUUAAGAUUUUUGUGGCAUAUAUUGUGUGUGUAUACUUAUUAACUACUUGACAUAUUUCAAAAAUAUAAAAAUAAAUGGAAUCUGAAGCAUCUAUAAUUUUGACUGGAGAAACCACUACAACUAUUGAAAAGUCCGAUAAAUCUUCAACGUCAAAUCCUUUAAUGGUAGUUAGACGUAAAGGAGAUAAAAUUUAUUAUGUCAAAGAUGAGAAUAUUUGGAUGAAUGAUAAUGAAAUCCGUCAAAGUAAACCGAAUGUCCAAAAAGCCAGCAUUCAAUCAGCGACAAAAGAAACGGAAAAUAUAAUAAAUUCGGAAUCUUCCGUUAAGACGUUCUCUUUUGAUGAACAUCAAAACACCACAGAAACGGAAAAAUGUAUAGAAUUUUGGAAAGCAGUCAUGGAAAGAAACUUACAGCCUAUAAAAGCAAAUAUAAUACGAGAAACAGUAGACUCACAUCGUACAGAUUCAGAUCUAACACAUGAUAAAAAGAAUCGAGAAAUAGAAGAAGCAGUGAAAAUGGCAACUGAUAAUAUACACGCAGAAUACAGAGCACUUUGGACAUCUCUUAUAAAAGAAAUUAAAGCCAAUAAAUUGGAACAAGUAAAAAAAAGCGUCAAAGCACGAUGUCAAAUAUGUAACUAUUCAGAUAUUCAAUUAGAUGAUCAAACUAGUAAUGUUAAAAAGAAAUCAACUAAAAAAACUGAAGCAAUAACUAAAUUGGCCCCAGUAGAACAAAAGGAAAAAUACUAUGCUUUACCUCGAUCCAAACAGAAAAAGGUAACUGAUGUAAAGGAAAAAAAGGAGUUAAAAAAAUCCUGCGUAACAAAAAGUGGUGAUUGUGAUUGCACCGAAAAGGAAUGUAAAUGUCCCUAUCCAUACGUAUUACAACCUAAACCAGAUGCUUACAAAGAAAAACAAGCUCCAACAUCUAAAGAUAGAGAUAAAAUAAAAGACGCAGUAUGUCACUGCUGCCAAGCUGAUUUAUCUAACUCAGACGAAGAAUUGGAAGUUAUUGCAAUCGAUUUAAAUAACGAUAUGAAAGAACAAGUACCAUCAGACAACGAAUUAAUUCAAAAACAAGAUUUAAGUACUGAAGUAUACAAAAAAGAAAUAGAAAUAGAUGGAGAAAGAGAAGAUUCAGGAGAAAUAGAUGGCGAUAUUUUAAUAAUCCAAGCAGAAUCGUUAUCGACUGAGUCAGUGAAGUCCACAGUGGAUUUGUCCCAACUUGAUACUAGCGAUGUGAGAAAAGUAUCAAUGAUUUUGCCUACCGGAGAAGUAGAAGUUAUUGAAAGACAGAAGGUCGACGAUUGGGCUUGGGAAAAACCGAAAAUAAAACGUAAAGGUCUAGCAACGCCUAAAGAUUCAUUUGCGUUAUUGCAGCACCAGCAUCUAUUAAAAGAAGGUAGUAAAGUCUUAGAUCCAAAUUAUUUUAAAUCCAGUAGUGCAACAGCAAAUACAAAAUUAUCUUAUAAGUUGCCAUCGGGAAAAAUAGAAGUAUUAGAAAGAGAAUACGUGGAAGAUACAGAUUGGGAAAUGCCAAAAAAUUAUUGUAAAUAUCCCAGGUCAAUUUUGGCAUCUGUUCCGUCACUUGAAAUUUUUAAGACAAGAAUGUCCAAGUCAAAGAGUUAUUCCAAUAGAUCCGCUGACGAUUUAAAACCGAUUUUAAAAAAUUCUAAAACUAUAUUUCAAUCCGUACAUUAUAAUUCUGAGAAUAGCAGAAGUGAGUUAUAUAUAAAAAGUCCAAGACCAUCGACAGCUUCUAGUGAUUCAGGUAAAUAGUUAUAAUAGACUCUAUAAAAAGUUU